UCAUCUUCACCAGAUCAGAUCAACUCUCUCUCUCUCUCUCUCUGGCUCUCUCUCCAAUGGCUGCCGUCUCAGGUACUUGCGUCAGCUUCCAGCGGCCACAUUCUUCCAUGCUCGUGGCCAAGCAGACGCCCAGACCCAACAACCAUCAGCAGAUAGCUGGAAAAGAGUAUUCAUGCUUGAGGCUGGUUUCCAUGGGCUCGCCCAGAAGAAGCAGCUUCACAUCUCUCAGAACCUCAACCUCCAGAUUUCGUGUUUCUUGCUCGGCGAAGCCGGAGACACUGCAGAAAGUGGUGGAAAUCGUGAAGAAACAGCUGGCUUUGCCCGCCGACUCCGAGCUCACCCCCGACACCAAGUUUACCUCGCUCGGGGCCGAUUCCCUCGACACGGUGGAGAUAGUGAUGGGGCUGGAAGAAGAGUUCGGCAUAAGCGUGGAAGAGGAGAGCUCGGAGAGCAUAACCACCGUGCAAGAGGCGGCCGAUUUGAUAGAGAAGCUUGUUCAGAAGAAACCUGGAGCUUAGCAACCACAGCAUUGAGUUUUUUUUUUUUUUUUUAAUUUUUGGGCUUGGGAUUUUUCUGGGUAUUAGUGGGUAUUUGGUAGGUAGGAAGCCGUGUUGAGGAUGGAUUGUUGGAACUAUGUACGUAUCAUCGAGUUGAGUUGAUGAGAUGACAACACACAAACAAAAUUCAUUCGGAAUGAAGGCUCGCUGUUUCUCAAA